GAUUUUAACAGAUUUGAAUCUCAGUUAUCGCCAAUAAUUAUGAUGGAUCAUGUGUAUAAAAGCAAUGUUUCGGAAACAUUUUUCGCUCGUUCCACAUGGUCAUGAAGUUCGUCCAGCUUAUUUUUGUCCUCGCGACAUGUGUCGUCGCGAUCAGAGGCGACUGCACAGUUUCCACCAACCAGGACUUGCCGAGUCCUCAGCCACUGGUAUUGAACCCUGGUUUGAACGGGGGAUUUCGUUAUCCGGUCGACAAUUCAGGAACGCUGAGAUUCAGUGCCGGAGAGCAAGUGAGGCUCGUCUGCCCCGGGUCGUGGAACAAAUUCAAGAAUCUUCCCGAUAGCCAGCGCGACGUGACCGCAACCUGCGUCAGCGGGCGUAAUUUCAGGGUCUCCGGUCACACGUUGAAAUUCAAUAGCUUUUCAUGCACGUCCGCACCGUACCACACGGAAAGACGGAGCGGGCGCACCUGCCUCGGAGGGCGAACGGAGGUUGAAGUGGGAUUCGACAUCAGGACCGAAUUCCUGACCCUCCUGAUCGCGUGUCACGACGAGUCCCAGUCGCAAACGAUUUACACAAAAUUCAACCUGGUCAAAGAGAUCGGGGGCUACCAGAAGGGAUUCCCCAGGCCCAGGUGGAAUCAGGGCAUUUUUUGGUCCGACUACAACAUGGAUACUCAGUACAAGAGGAAGACUCAACAGAAAACUAUCGGUACUGUGCUGGGCUCCACUUCUCUUGGGCAAAAAUACAUUCACUCUUCGGACGAUUUCUUCUUCUCGCGCGGGCACAACACGGCAAAGGCAGAUUUCGUUUACGGAGCUCAACAGACCACCACCUUCUACUACGUCAACACCUCUCCGCAGUGGCAGGUUUUUAACGGAGGUAACUGGAACGAUCUUGAGAACGACGUCCGCAGAUACGCGAGUGCCACUCGCCAGGACCUGACGGUCUACACAGGAGUCCAUGGCAUCGCCCAGCUGCCAAAUUCUAAGGGAGUGCUCACCGAUCUGUAUUUCUAUGCCGACUCUUCUGGCCGCCGUGAGAUGCCCAUACCGAAGUUCUUCUGGAAAGUUAUUUACAACGAGAAGACGCAGUUAGGAACAGCCUUCGUCGGGGUCAACAACCCUUACUUGAAAAGAGUAACCGGUGACUAUUAUCUCUGCGACGACAUCAGUUCUAAGAUCGGCUGGCUCACAUGGAGGCCCGACACUGUGACACGUGGCAUCUCUUAUUCUUGCACGAUUGACAGUUUGAGGGAGGUCGUUCCCAACAUUCCUUCCUUUACGGUAAAAGGAAUCCUAACUUGAAUCAUUCAUGUGCAUAUUGUAACCCCCUUGUCUGCGUGUGACGUAUUUUUACGCCAUAACGAACAUCCUAUUCUACUAUCUGGAAUUCUUCGAAUCAAUUUGUCGAUGAAAAAUUGUAAUACUCAUGUCCCUCUGAAUUGUCGGUGCAUCAUCCUGCUUCGCUGUAAGAUGAAAAGCACUCCAAUAAAACUGAGCCCAUUUUAAACGA